CAAACAGUGCGGACAAAGAGAUAACGAAACCAUAGCUAUCAAGCAACUGAUUCCACUCACUGAUUCCUGUCUUUUGGGGAUCGCAUGGCUUGCUCUGCCUCCACUCCUCCGCCCCUCAACUUGAUCAACCUGUCGCUCCAUCACCGGACAACAAAACUGCCGAAGGCUCCAUUUUCCAACACUCAUAUUAAUCAUCGUCUGGCUUCAUCAUAUAACGAUCUUCUCGCUCCCAGCUGCGCCUAUUACCCGAUUGCUCCUUCCUACUCUGGUCGCAGACUCAGAUUCUAUGCUGGAGCGCAGAGGGAUUUUUCUUCGGGGGAACCACCCGAGUCGCUUGCGUCUGACGCAACAUCCCGAGAAGAAUUUUCUUGGUCUUCUGUAAUUUUUCCGUUUUUGUUCCCUGCGUUGGGUGGCUUAUUAUUUGGGUAUGAUAUUGGAGCUACCUCUGGUGCUACGAUUUCACUGCAGUCACCUGAGCUUAGCGGCAUAACAUGGUUCAACCUCUCUGCCAUUCAGCUUGGACUUGUGGUCAGCGGUUCCCUGUACGGAGCUCUUCUAGGCUCCCUUCUUGCAUUCGCUGUUGCUGAUUUCCUUGGAAGGAAGCGAGAACUCAUGACUGCAGCCUCUUUAUAUUUGCUUGGGGGUUCAAUCACUGCCUAUGCACCAGAACUUGGUGUCCUAUUAGUGGGAAGGCUACUUUAUGGCCUAGGCAUAGGUUUGGCCAUGCAUGGUGCUCCUUUAUAUAUUGCAGAAACUUGCCCAUCACAGAUCCGUGGAACUCUAGUAUCAUUAAAAGAACUCUUCAUUGUCCUGGGCAUUCUGCUGGGUUAUUUUGUGGGAAGCUUUCAGAUCAACACAGUUGGGGGAUGGCGGUUCAUGUAUGGAAUAAGUGCUCCAAUCGCUGUGCUUAUGGGGCUUGGAAUGUGGCUUCUUCCCUCAUCUCCACGGUGGUUGCUUCUAAGGGCAGUUCAAGGGAAAGGUUCAUUUCAAGAGUUGAAGGAAAAGGCAAUAUUUUCCCUCAGCAAAUUAAGGGGCCGGCCGCCAGGUGACAAAGUUUCUGAGAGGCAAGUAGAGGAGACCCUUGUCUCAUUGAAGUCUGCCUAUGAAGAAGAGAAAUCGGAGGAGGGGAGUUUCUUGGAGGUAUUUCAGGGCCCCAGUCUUAAAGCCUUCAUAAUUGGUGGGGGUCUAGUCUUAUUCCAACAGAUAACAGGCCAACCAAGUGUUCUAUAUUAUGCAGGUCCAAUUCUUCAGAAUGCUGGAUUUUCGGCUGCAUCUGAUGCCACAAAAGUUUCAGUUGUUAUUGGCUUAUUCAAGUUACUGAUGACUUGGAUUGCUGUCUUGAAAGUCGAUGAUUUGGGAAGAAGACCUCUCCUGAUUGGAGGUGUCAGUGGCAUUGCCCUUUCUCUGGUUCUUCUGUCAGCGUAUUACAGAUUUCUUGGGGGGUUCCCAGUUAUUGCUGUAGCUGCUUUACUUCUCUAUGUUGGUUGCUACCAGAUAUCCUUUGGGCCGAUAAGCUGGCUUAUGGUUUCAGAAAUUUUCCCACUUCGGACAAGAGGAAGGGGGAUUAGUCUUGCAGUUCUGACCAACUUUGCGUCAAAUGCUAUUGUGACCUUUGCAUUCUAUCCACUAAAGGAGAUUCUAGGAGCAGAGAACCUUUUUCUCCUUUUUGGUGCUAUUGCUUUAUUAUCACUCCUGUUCGUUGUAUCUUCUGUUCCUGAGACAAAAGGUCUGAGCCUAGAAGAUAUUGAAUCCAAAAUCUUGAAGUGACGGCUUAAACUAGCUCCGGAUGAUCACAACUCAUUACCACUUGGUGAGCGUCGCGUUAUGUGCUGUACAGUGUAGCAUGUGAAGAUACCCGAAUUGCUCGAAGGCAUUGACUCAUGGUUUAGUAUUCAUGAUGACGCACUAAUCCUUUAUAGGGCUCAUGACUCAUCGCAGACAGUGCAAGAAUCACUGUAUAGAUUUAUUCUAAUAUGCAGUGAUAACUAAUAGAUAAUAAUCGAGUUUUGCCAACUAAUUGAUGGGAUUGCGGAGUGUUAUUUUUUUAUUAGUA